AUGAUUUCGCGUUUCACAAGACGUAUUCAUAAGAAUUGUGUUUAUAACCAUAAAAUAAAUAGUAGCUCUAAUUUAUUGUUGUCAGGUAAUAUUGGUUUUGUUUCUUUAUCUAAUGGUGUAUUGACAAAAGAACAAAUCGAGUGUUGUAGAGUUAUAAUUAGGAGAGAAUUAAAAAAAAAAGGUUUUUUGUUAAUCAGAUGUAAUUUUUUAAUUCCACUUACUUCGAAGCCAACAGGAGUACGGAUGGGGAAAGGGAAAGGAGCAAUAGACAAAUAUAUUAAUUUUGUUCAUAUUUAUGAUUGUCUAUUUGAAUUAAACUCUAUACCUAUCUAUUUAGCCGUAAAGCUUUUAGAUAAAAUUUCAUAUAAGUUACCAAUAAAAGUGUGUCUAAUUGAUAGUAAUAAAAAUAUUUAUAUGUCUAAGUAA